GGGGAUCGUGUAUCGAUUGACGAGAUCCUACACGAAGGCCCUACUAGACUUGGAUCGAGCGGUGCAAAACAUGAAAGACAAAGCGUUCAACAUCGAUUACGAAACAAAAGCGUUGUGCAACCGGGGAGUGGUAAAUCGUACACUCGGGAAAAAUCAAGAGGCGGCGAGAGAUUUCAACAAAGCGUUGCUACGGGAUCCAAAUAAUAUAUUUGCUUUAUGUGAACGCAGCAAAGUUUAUGAGGCGAUGGGUAGGAGGGAGAAGAUGAAAGCCGAUAUAGAAUUUAUAAUAAAGAUCGAUCCAACCAAUGAGUACGCCUUGGAGCGAAUCAAGAAAUUUGAGGGACAAGC